GGCUGUGAGCACCAUGGCCUGGACUCCUCUGUUCCUUGCGCUCCUCUCUCACUGCACAGGGUCCCUCUCCCAGGUUGUGGUGACUCAGCCGCCCUCCCUCUCUGCAUCUCCGGGAGCCCCAGCCAGACUCACCUGCACCCUGAACAGUGACGUCAGUGUUGGCGUCUAUAACAUACGCUGGUUCCAGCAGAAGCUCGGGAGCCCUCCCUGGUAUCUCCUGAGAUAUACAUCAGAGUCAGAUAAGAACCAGGGCUCCGGGGUGCCCAGCCGUUUCUCUGGAUCCAAAGAUGCCUCGGCCAAUGCGGGGCUCCUGACCAUCUCGGGGCUGCAGCCUGAGGACGAGGCCGACUAUUACUGCGCUACAACUCAUGGCAGUGGGAGCAGCUUUCGUUACCCACAGUGUCUCAGAUGA